GACUCUGCUCUGGACUCUAAAGUCAUGUAUGGCUGUCUUCUAUUCGCGCCUUACAUCAGGACUACUGGAUAUGGCGGUUCGCAUUCGAAUAACUUAUGUCGCGGUAGGCGCUACAUAUAUCGCAGUAAUCCUAUCUAUUCUCUUUGGGCGCCAUCCUAUGCACAAGAAUUGGCAGAUCUACCCUAAUCCGGGGAAUAUGGAACACUGAACCCUAGCGAUCAAUUGCUCAUAAAGAUGCGGACUCCUUCCUUUCAGAUCAUAUCCAACCGGCCGUGUCCAAAAUAGAGAUCUACGUGACGGUUGUCUUGAACGUUUCCACGGACGCAUACUUGAUGACAAUCCCCGCACCGAUGCUCUGGAGAGCCCGUCUCCCUCUCCGUCGUAGGCUUUCCCUCAUGGCCCUUUUCAGCGGCGGUCUCUUCGUCAUGAUGGCAGGAAUUCUGCGCUGUGUUUUGAUUCUCACAGCUGGUGCCAAUGGUGCCCAACAAGCCGGAAGCUGGGCAUGCCGUGAGACCUUCGUUGCCGUAAUUAUUUUCAAUGUUCCCAUGAUCUACCCUCUCUUCCGCAGAAUCCUGCGUCGAAUUGGAAUACUCCCUUCAGAGUCCCAAGAUGCCAUUUCGGAUCAGCCCAACACUCCUGGAAACUCCAGUGGAUACAAACGCAGGAUAUAUCAACAUCCCCUAUCCGUGCCAGAGACCAGGUGGGGAAACGACGAGCAAUAUAUCCUGGAAGCGCAAACCCCGGACACGGGGAAUGCUGGCUCUCACUCCCUAGAGCAGCGUCGUAGUCGACUUGACGGAAUCAAAGUCACUCUUGAGACCUCCGUCCAGAGUGCCGCGGACCGUGAAGAUGAUAGGUCUCUGGGUCAUAAGACGGCAACAGGUUAUCCUGGACGAAACCUCUCCCGGAUGGAUAGUCGGGAACUACCCCUUUUCGUUCCUUGAGUCAAAUCUGGUGCUAAAAGAUUUUAGAUAAUUCUUUGCGACGAAUAAUGUGUAUGGAUCUCAUUUGCUUAAUUACUUCCUUCUUGAACUGC